AUGCCCCACGCCAUUUCAAUCUACUCAAUAGAGCUAUCGGUGUCGGCCACCGUUAUUCUUGUAGUUGCCACAACCUACUUUGCGUACAAACGGUACUUUUCCGUGCCAACGCUGGAGUCUGCGAAGAAGAUCGUAGUGCCCGUGCCCGACGAAGCCCAGCCCCAUUGGAAGGGCAAACGCCUCAGCCCGAUUUCCAUCCGCAAUGCCGCGCAUCCAGAUUUCAUCCAGUCUUACUGCCCUGCCACGGGCCAGCACCUUGGACAGUUUAAGUCAACCACGAGCGCGGAGAUCGACGCGGCUAUCGAGGCGGCGGGUGUCGCGCAGAAGGAAUGGGCACACACAACGUUCGCCGCGCGCCGCCAGGUGUUGCGCACACUUAGCGACUACAUUCUCAAAAACCAGGCGUCGAUCGCACGCGUUGCAUGCCGUGACUCCGGUAAAACGAUGGUCGAUGCGUCCAUGGGCGAAAUCCUUGUGACGCUCGAAAAGGCCAACUGGAUUAUCAAGUACGGCGAAAAGACGCUUCGCGUGUCGCGCCGUCCCGGCGCUGCGAACCCGCUCAUGGGCUACAAGGGUGCCGAGGUACGCUACGAGCCGAUGGGAGUGGUGGCGUCGAUGGUUUCGUGGAAUUAUCCGUUCCACAACCUCAUGGGUCCCGUUCUCGCAGCGAUAUUUACCGGGAAUGCAAUUGUGGUGAAGUGCUCCGAGCAGGUAGUGUGGUCGUCACAGUACUUUAUUGAAAUUAUCAAGAUGGCGUUGAAGGUAUGCGGACACGAUCCCAGCCUUGUGCAGUUGGUGUGCUGCUGGCCGGAAGACGCAGACCAUUUGACCGCGCACCCGCAGCUUGCACACAUCACGUUUAUCGGCUCCAAGCCGGUUGCGCAUCACGUACUCGCGGCUGCCGCCAAAACGCUCACACCGGUGGUGGUGGAGCUUGGUGGCAAAGACGCGCUCAUCGUGCUCGACGACGUCGCAAGCAUUGCGGACAUUUCCUCGAUAGUCAUGCGAGGCACGUUCCAGUCGCUGGGUCAGAACUGCAUCGGCAUUGAGCGUGUUAUUGCUGUCGGCAAGGCCUACGACGCGUUGGUUGACACCCUCGCACAGCGCAUCCCCAAGCUCCGUUUGGGCUCUGACAUCGAUCAGCUCGAGGGCAUCGACAUGGGCGCGCUCAUUUCCAAUAACCGCUUCGCACACAUCGAAACCCUCGUCGAGCGCGCGGUCGCGCAAGGCGCGCGCCUUGUGUGCGGUGGUGCCGCGUACCAACACCCAAACUACCCGCAGGGACACUACUUCGAGCCGACACUUUUAGUCGACGUACUGCUGCACAUGGAGAUUGCGCAGGAAGAGGUGUUUGGACCCGUCUGUGUGGUAAUGCGCGCGGACUCUGCCGCGCACGCGGUGACACUCGCGAAUAACACGCCCUUCGGGCUCGGGGCCUCCGUCUUUGGUGGUAACUGGAACAAGUGCAACGAAAUUGCAAACCAGCUCCGUGCGGGGAAUGUGGCAAUCAACGACUUUGCCACCUACUAUCUUUGCCAGUUGCCGUUCGGCGGCGUUGGCGGCUCGGGAUACGGCAAGUUUGGUGGCGAGGAGGGCCUUCUCGGGUUGAUGGUGGCCAAAAGUGUGUGCUACGACCGCCUCCCGGGUAUCAAGACCAAGAUCCCCGCGCCGUUGGAUUACCCGAUCGCGAGCGACGCGCGCGCAUGGGGCUUUGUGGAGGGGUUGAACCGAGCGGGCUACGACGGAAGCUUAUGGGGGAAGUGGAAGGGAUUGCGAGGGUUGAUUAAGAAUGCUUGA